CCCGGAGAUCCCGGUAGCCUCGGAUCGCGGCGCUGCGUACGCGAUGAUGGAUGAGCCGUGGUGGGAAGGACGCGUCGCCUCGGACGUCCACUGCACCCUGCGCGAGAAGGAGCUGAAGCUGCCCACCUUCCGAGCCCACUCGCCCCUCCUGAAGAGCCGCCGGUUCUUCGUGGACAUCCUGACCCUGCUGAGCAGCCACUUCCAGCUCUGUCCCGCAGCGCGGCACCUGGCCGUCUACCUGCUGGACCACUUCAUGGACCGCUACAACAUCGCCACCUCCAAGCAGCUCUACACCGUGGCCGUGUCCUGCCUCCUGCUCGCAAGUAAGUUCGAGGACAGAGAGGACCACGUGCCCAAGUUGGAGCAGAUAAAUAGCACCAGGAUCCUGAGCAGCCAGAACUUCACCCUCACCAGGAAGGAGCUUCUGAGCGCAGAGCUGCUGUUGCUGGAGGCCUUCGGCUGGAACCUAUGCCUGCCCACGCCUGCCCAUUUCCUGGACUACUACCUCUUGGCCUCUGUCAGCCACAAGGACCACCACUGCCACACCUGGUCGACCACCUGCCCCCGCAAGACCAAAGAGUGCCUCAAGGAGUAUGCUCACUACUUCCUAGAGGUCACCCUGCAAGAUCAUAUAUUCUAUAAAUUCCCGCCCUCUGUGGUCGCUGCAGCCUGCGUGGGGGCCUCCAGGAUUUGCCUGCAGCUGCCGCCCUAUUGGACCAGAGACCUGCAAAGGAUCUCGAACUAUUCCCUGGAGCAUCUCAGCAUGUGUAUUGAAAUCCUUCUAGUAACGUAUGACAACGUCCUCAAGGAUGCCGUUGCAGUGAAGAGCCAGGCCUUGGCGAUGGUGCCUGGCACGCCCCCUGCUCCCACCCAGGUGCUGUUCCAGCCUCCUGCCUACCCCACCCUUGGCCAGCCAGUGACCACACUGGCACAGUUCCAGAGCCCCGUACAGGACCUGUGCCUGGCCUAUCGGAACUCGCUGCAGACCCACCGUUCGGGGAGCCUGCUCUCGGGGGACACGAGCUCCUCCCUCCACACCCCAUACCCCACCCUCCAGCCCCUGGAUAUGUGUCCCAUGCCCAUCCCUGCGUCCCUCGGCAUGCAGAUGGCCAUUGCAGCCGAGCCCCGGCACUGCCUCGCUGCCACCUAUGGAAGCAGUUACUUCAGCGGGAGCCACAUGUUCUCCACAGGCUGUUUUGAUAGAUAGGCCACCAGUGGGCCACACAGGAGAGCCUUGGAGACCCGGGCAGAGGAAGACGACACCGAAAGGGAGAGCUCAGCCAAGCAAGGCACCGGAAGGCGUGUCCGAAGAGCCUUGGUGCCCUUGGACAUGGAGGGUUCGUGCUACUUUUAAAUAAGACAGACUCAGAGCAAAACAUUCAAUGACAUACCUCACCUAAGAGCAUUCCUCUGAGAAACGUCUUCCACUUGUGGCUGGGAUAUCACGGCAUGGCUCAGUCGCCAUCCCCUCAAUCAGGGGCCCAGUGAGUUAAGAGACCUGAUGGAAGGCCAGGAAACUGGGAACUAGUUGCAGACCACUAGUCCGCAGGUGUGUCUGCCUUUUAGCAUCAAAGCCUUCUCUACUCCUGGCCAAUGGCAGCUAGACCUCUG